AUGCUCUCAAGGGCAGCUCUGCGCCUGGCCCAGCCAGCUGCUGUCUCACGAUGGGUAUCUGCUGCCCCGACCCGCAGGCCUCUGCCAGCAUUGACAGCUGCAUCGACAAUAUGGAGCAGAGGGAUGGCAAAGGACAACAAGCCGUCCUCGAGGUUUGGCGCUCCAACAAAUUCAGCCCAAAAAUCCUCCAAGCCACAACAGCAGAACCCCUCCUCGUCCACACCAAGAUCCGCUCCUUCACAACCCGGCAAGGUCGUGCCAGAACAACCCAAGGCUGUCAAGCCCGAACCUGCGAAACCCGUCGAGCCAGCAGCCGAAAAAUCUCCCGCGGCGCCAGAAAAGGAGAUCCCUCUCUCUGAGCUUCCCGACCUGACGCAGGGUAUCCCGUCCACACUUGCGUACGAACAAGCUAGCGCGAAUGAGAAGGCCGCAUUGGAGGCAAUCGAGGAGGAUGCAUCAACAAGUGCCGGUGGUGGCCGAGGGAAGGGCGAGCUCCCUGCUUCGGCAUACAUCUCCUCGACCGAGAAGCGGCGGCAGCGGUUCGCAAACUACAUGUUUGCUGCCUCCCUCGCUGGUAUGGUCGGUGGCGUUGUCUACCUUGGCCGAAACUGGGAUGAGGAGGACGAGCGCAAGCACCCAGAGGUGCCGAAUGGCUGGGGCUUAGGUCUUUGGUGGAACCGCGCCUCGACGCGCAUGAGCGAAGUUCUGACAUACUAUCACGAGCCAGCAUUCGAAAAGCUGCUUCCCGACCCAGACCCCAUGUUUGAGCGGCCCUAUACACUGUGCAUCAGCCUCGAGGACAUGCUUGUGCACAGCGAAUGGACCCGUGAGCACGGCUGGCGGUUGGCAAAGCGACCCGGAGCCGACUACUUCCUGCACUAUCUCAGCCAGUACUAUGAGCUUGUUCUCUUCACUUCUGUGCCAUUCGCCAUGGGAGAGCCUCUGGUGCGCAAGCUGGACCCCUACCGUUUCAUUGUCUGGCCGCUGUAUCGAGAAGCCACCAAGUACAAGGACGGCGAGAUCGUCAAGGACCUCGCCUACCUGAACCGAGACCUUUCCAAAGUCAUCAUGAUCGAUACGAGCCACCAACACGUCCGCGCCCAGCCUGAGAACGCAAUAGUACUGCCGAAAUGGACCGGCGACCCCAAGGAUAAGGAGCUGGUGUCGCUUAUCCCAUUCCUCGAAUACAUCCACACCAUGCAAUACAGCGACGUGCGCAAGGUUCUCAAGUCCUUUGAGGGCAAGCACAUCCCGACCGAGUUCGCACGACGUGAGGCCAUCGCGCGUGCCGAGUUCAACAAGCAGCUCGAGGCCGAGCGCAAGAAGCACCCACACAAGGGCAAGAGUGGCAUGGCAGCCCUCGGCGGGCUCUUUGGGCUUAAGCCCCAGAACCUGAGCGUCAUGGUUGUUCCCGAAGGCGAACAGGACCCAGCCACUGCAUUUGCGCAAGGCAAGAUGCUGCAGGACAUCGCGCGCGAGCGCGGGCAGAAGAACUAUGAGGAGAUGGAGAAGAUGAUCCGCGAGAACGGCGAGAAGUGGCUCAAGGAGGAGGCUGCUAUGCAGGAGGCGGCGCAGAAAGAGGCCAUGAACAGCAUGAAGACCUCUUUCACUGGCUGGUUCACACCCAGCGCGGAUGGCUCGGAGAAGAAGCCAUGA